UUAACUGUGACUAAGACACGUGGAUAAUAAAGAUUGGGACAUGUGUGCAUGUAUAUCCAAGCUACUAUGAAACACUGAUAGUCCGGAAAAGCCCGACUUCCUCCACAGUUCUGUAACAAUUCAAACUAAAGACGUCUCCGUGGGAAGUUCCUCGGAGGUGAAAGCAUGGGCUGUUUAGCCAAGCUGAGGUCCUCCAGCUGGGCUUACCCAACUGCUGUCCUUUCUCUCUAUGGCUUCUUUGCGAACUGCAGAGUAGCGGAGCCCUUCCUCACCCCAUACCUCAUCGGACCGAACAAGAACAUCUCAGGAGAAGUGGUGACUAACUACUUGUUCCCUAUCUGGACGUACUCCUACCUGGCCUUCCUCGUCCCCGUCUUCCUGCUGACUGACCUGCUGAGGCACAAGCCCCUCAUUGUGGUGCAGGGGUUCUUCCUGGUCACCAACUAUGUCCUGCUCUGCUUUGCCCCGGGUCUGCCUGCGAUGGUCGUCCUUCAGGUCAACUAUGGUGUGGUGGCUUCCACAGAAGUGGCCUACUUCUCCUACAUUUACAGUGUGAUUCCAGUUGAGAGUUACCAAAGGGCCACCGGUUACCUGCGAAGUGCAAUGCUGGCUGGAUAUACAUUGGGCGCCAGCUUGGGCCAAGUGCUGGUCUCCCUGGCAGGAGUAGACUACUUCUACCUCAACGCCAUCACCCUGGGGAUUCAAAGCAUGGCUUUCCUCAUCUCCUUCGGGUUGCCUAUGCCCCAGUGGAGCCUGUUCUUCAAAGGGGAGAAGGCAGCAGCUCUGGGCUCGCGGCCCCAGCAGGACGGAGCUCCUGGGUGGGACGGGCCCGAGGAGGAGAAGGACCAGGCUGGCUCGGGGAAAGCCAACGCGCAGCACCGUGGCGGUGCCAGCUGGUGCACCAGGGGGAACGUUGCCGCUGCGGGUCUUCUCCUUUGGCAGAGCUUCAAGGAUUCCUAUUCUUCCAGGCAUCUACUUUACCCGAACGUAAUCUACUGGUCCCUGUGGUGGGCUCUCGCCACAGCUGGAUACGUGCAGGUUUUCAACUACAUCCAGCUCAUGUGGGAUCAUAUAGAACCAUCUGCCUCCUCGUCCAUCUACAACGGAGGCGUAGAAGCUGCGUGCUCCCUUGUGGGUGCUGCGGCGGCCUUCUCCGUGGGCCACAUCAAGGUGACGUGGGCCGUGUGGGGGGAGCUGGCGUUGGGGUUGUUCUCAGCCGUGGGGACGGGCGCCGUGUUCCUGAUGGCGCUCACCAGCAGUAUCUGGGCCUGCUAUGCUGGUUACGUCCUAUUCAAGUCCUGCUACAUGCUCCUCAUCACCAUCACGACAUUUCAGAUUGCCUCCAACCUCUCAAUGGAGUGCUACGCCUUGACGUUCGGGAUCAACACUUUUGCAGCCCUUGUGGUGCAGACGAUUCUGACGUUCACGGUGGUUGAUGAAGCUGCUCUGGGAUUGGACAUUGUGACACAGUUCAUCGUCUACGGCAGCUACUACGCCACCAUCUCUGUGCUCUUUCUGACCCGGGGGACCUACACCGCCUGUAUCAAUCGAGGCAGUCGUGAGCGCACCGACACCACGGAACCCGAGUCCAGUGUGGAGGUUCUCUCUGCUGAGCGUUUCUAAACCGAAUGAGAAGGCGAUCGAUCCAUUCGUUUACGAGGAAUUAAAUAGUCCACCUUCACAGUGGCGGCUGUAGACUAAUUAAAAUGGGGGGCGAGGCAGAGAGGGGCCCUGUGUGAUUGAAGGAAAACUAUGAGAUACCUCAGGAGGUUGGUGCUGCUGAACCCCAAAUUGCUGCGAGUGUGCUUGUGUGUAUUUAUUUCUCUUGGUGAGCAGGUGACACCUUGUAAGGAAGCUUCUGCCACCAGUGUAUCAAUGUGUGUGUGUGUGUGUGUGUGUGUGUGUGUGUGUGUGUGUGUGUGUGUGUGUGUGUGUGUGUGUGUGUGUGUGUGUGAGAGAAUGACAUGCCAGUGAAGUGUUUCCAAUCCUUAAGAUUGGAAAUGCGCCUUAACAAUGCUGACAAUUUAACACCAUUAUAGCCUUGGAUCUACAAAAGACUAAUGAUGAAGCACAAUAACACUCUUUCAGUGCCAAUGUGCACCAUUGACAUCAUAUCUUCUCUGGGGAUACAUUUGGCCUGAAAAAAAACGUAUAUUAAACCUUUACUGUGAUAAUACUACAGUAGUCUAAUGAGUGUAAAACUGAGCGUCUGAUGGUUAGACUUAUUUUUUGUUUAGGUCUCAACAAGAAUUUGAGAAAGCAAAAUGACUUAUUAGUAUUACUGAUUAGUGAAGUACAUUAAAGUCAUGUGAAUUG